CCAUAUCUCAGUCUGCCUCACUAACACACAGCGAGUGGACACACACACACACACACACACACACAGACGAAAACAGCUACACAGAAAUGAGAGCAAGGGUCAGUCAAGGAAAAACGUUUUUAGAACUUUAAAGAUUCUAGAACUUUUUGAAGAAGGAAUUCCAAAAAAGAACAAAAAACAGAGAGUGCAUGUUGAGUUAGACAAAGGCAACGAGAAGAAGAGGACUACUGGACUCUCAGCAUCGGAUCAAGAUGAGCAUGAAUGGCACACUGGAGAAGGGGGCUCAUCACCAGGCCCUCGACCUUUCCGAAGAGCUCCCAACCAACACCCAUCACCACCAUCACCAUCACCCCAGUUUCCAGCACACAAACUCCCUUACCUCGACUGUGCCCGCCGGGACCCCGGUGGGGGGGUCCGGGGUGGUGGUGCCGCCGCCGUACUCGGCUGCGGAGGGUCCGCUGGAGCUGCGGGGGUCUCUGGACUGCUGGGCGUGUUCAGUGCUGGUGACAGCGCAGAACCUGCUGAUCGCCGCCAUCAACGCCUGCCUGGCCGGCUGUGUCUUCGGCCUCAUCCUCACUCCUGCUAUUGUCAUGGUGGUGUUCGGCUUUCUCUGUCAUUCAACGGUGCGCCCGCACGGAUCGCUGCCGUACUGCUCGGACCUGCUGAAUGACGGGGGCUGCGUGGCUCUGCUGGUUGUGGGUUUCUUGCUAGUGACUCCACUCUUGGUUCUGGCCUUGGCUGCGUACUGUCGGCUCGCUCGGCACCUUCAGCUGGGUCUGUGUUUUAUCCCUUACAGCCGGGCCGUUUACAAAAACCUUCCCGCUACCCAGCACCGCGGCCUGGCAGGGGGAUGCUGUGGACAGCAAUCUGGGAAAAAAGAAGGGAAGGGAAAAGUGUGGGUUUAAACGCAAAGGACUAGUACUCGAGAUAUGUUAAGUAUGGAAAGACACUACUUUUUGUGUGAUAUAUAUAUAUAUUGUGGGGAUUUUAAUGUGUCAUAAGGAAUUCUUACUCACUGAUUAACAUGUUUUAUAGCCAGACACACCACGUUCGUCUGUUUGUUAUUGCAUAUUUUCAGUACUUGACAUUUAUAGAAUAAUCAAAUUCAAAUAUCCAAAAAUGUUGUGCAUGUAUUCUAUGUAUAACAAACACUAUUGGCCUCAUACAAUAAGCAAAUAUAUUUUAAGGCUUUGUCAAUAAUAUUUUGUCAUAUAUUUUCUUAUAUCAUGUACAGUGUUGUGUAUUUUUUUUUCCUUAAAUGUUACAUUAAAUACAUUUCAAAUACUGUAAUUUCACAAAAUUGGUAGGCUCUUGUGCUAUUUUUUCUCUCACAAUGUGGUUUCAGUACAAAAACAACCAAGCUGCUUGAUUAUAUACAAUUUAUGGAAAAUGAAAGAUCACUCCAGCUUUCAAAGGUAAAAUGGCUCGAGUUCAAUCAUUUUCAGAAAGAAUGGCACUUCUACAAAAAAUUGUUAAAAAAAAGUCAGCUUGCCAUGAGAAAAAUAAAUGUAUGCAUAGCAUCCCCUAGUGUUAAAAACAUAGAAUUACAAAUAAAAAAACACACAUAAUUAGGCCAGUUUAUGAAGAUAAACAAAGGAAUUUGUGAAAACAGACUUUUUCAGUGAUGGAAAGAGAGUGAUCAUACUGGGCUAAAAAAAGAAGAAAAAAAAAGAACAACUUUUAUCAUAAAGAUUUCACAAUUGUAAUAAGGUAUUUGCUAUUGUAUUAUUAUUAUUAUUAUUUU